ACAGCAGAUGCACUGAAGGCUGAUGGGUGCAGACAGGUUGCAUUUCAGGACAGACAGUCUCCUCUCUCCGCAGCGCCCCCUCUCGGCCUGCUGCAGCACUGCGAGGAGAAGCUGAGUCGACCCGGUGAGCGACUGCCACUGAAGAGACAACACCGCUGUCUGCACUCAGCCUGACCUGCGACUGGCAAUGGACUACAUGAACAACGCCUCCAACAGCUACAGCUCUGGAGACACUAUGAGCUCCACCUUAGCCAACAUGACCAUCAACGACCAGCACCACCAGGAGAACGGCGUCCAGAUGGGACUGAGGAGCCCCGGGGACGCCAAAAUGAAAGUGGAGACGUCUGCAGAGAAAGCAGAGAACGCAGAGAAGGCUGAGCUCUCGGGAAAAGAGAGCACCACAUGUGAAGAUGAGGGGCGGCUUGCAGGAGGAGCAGCUCCAACAGCUCAAGCUAAGAUGGAUAACGGCUCUGCGGAUAAGAGUGGUGCAAAGUCUCAAACCCCGGGAGCCAAACCCUCUGCAAGACCUGGAGCUCAGCCAGCUAGUGCCAAGAAACCUCCCACUCCAAAAAAUGAAAAAGACGGUGUGAGUGGACCGAACAGCCCUGGUGCCCCUAAGUCUCCCACUAGCCAAGCGCUCGCUGCGAAGGCGGCUGCCGAGGCCAACAAAGUGAAGAAGGUAGCGGUGGUUCGCUCCACGCCUAAGUCCCCAGGAUCUCUGAAGAGCCGCCCGCCUGCUCCUCUGGCUGCCGCUAGUGGACCCAUGCCGGACCUGAAGAACGUCAGGUCCAAGAUCGGCUCUACGGAGAACAUGAAGCACCAGCCGGGAGGCGGAAAGGUUCAAAUCCUUGAUCUGAAGUUGGACUAUAGUAGUGUCCAGUCUAGGUGUGGCUCCAAAGGCAAUAUGAAACAUUCACCCGGUGGCGGCAAUGUUCAGAUCCUGGAUAAGAAGCUGGACUUGGCUAACGUCCAAGCUCGCUGUGGCUCGAAAGACAACAUUAAGCACACGCCAGGAGGCGGAAAGAUUCAAAUUGUGCACAAGAAGAUCGACCUGAGCCAGAUUCAGUCUAAAUGUGGAUCAAAAGAUAACAUCCGUCAUAAACCAGGCGGAGGAAACAUUGAGAUCAAAAGCGAGAAGGUGGAGUUUAAAGGCCAGUCUAAGGUCGGCUCUCUUGACAACAUCGGCCACGUUCCAGGAGGAGGAAUGAAAAGGAGGGACAAGGGGAAGGAAGCAGAGGGGAGCACCUCAGACAGCCCCUCCAUCUCCUCCCCUGCUGUCACCCCCCCUCAGUCACCUCAGACUGUCCCCUCAGCACCCAUCACACCCACCCUGACGAACCCCCUCAUAAAGAUUGAGGACUCCUAUUGAGAGCCACAAACUGAGCUUCCGUGAGACAGCCAAGGCCCGCACUGACCACGGCGCUGAGAUCGUCUCUUUGGAAGACUCCCCCCACCAGCUCAGCACCGUGUCCUCCUCCGGCAGCAUCAACAUGGCCGACUCCCCGCAGCUCUCCACGCUGGCCGACCAGGUGUCCGCCUCCCUGGCCAAACAAGGCUUGUGAAUGCACCUCUUCCUCCUCCUCUUCCUCCUCCUCCUCCCACCUCCACCUCCACCUCCACCACACGACCACGUUAGAGGAGUUGUGAUGCCUUCCUCAUUAUGUUCACAGGACUUUUUUAGCUACCCAUCACUGUUUAUCCUUCACUAACCUUUGAAACUGUUCUUAAGAGAAAAAACACAGAUUAACUCGUAGGCCAACAUGUCUUUAAUUUCUCUCUGUGGUCUUUAUUUGCUCUUUCUACCUUUUGUAAGUUUCCCUUUAAGAGUCAAAGCACCCCAGCAGAGCCAAAUUCUCCCAGACUGAAUCUCUUCAUGCAUAUCCCGGUGAAUCAUUACACUCUUGGUUUCCUGUCACACUGACUGUGAACCCUUUAGGCAGUAUUCAAAGCCCCUCCUUCGAUGGAUGUCCACUUUUGUUUAGUUUUCUUUUUUAAAUAAAGCUAGAGCUUGUCAAACGGAGGAGAAAGCAGACUGUUAGGUGCCAGUUAGUGCUAAAGCUGAAGAAGGAACAGUUACAGGGUACGGUGAGAGGGGGGAAAGAGGAAAGCAGGAAAAGAAAAGUAGCAAAUUUUUGUUGAUUAAGGCAGAAAAAAAAAAGCUUCAGACCUCGCUGCCGUCUUUGCUUCGUGUAGUCCCGACAUGUGCUGCGCCUCGAGCUGACGUAGGCGCAACCCGGAUUAAAAAAAUAACAGAACGGCUAGAGUAGAAACUUUGGUUUGUGUUGGGCACAGUUUUAUAAUCGUACUCUGUGGAUAUAUGACAUGUAUUUGAUAUGAAGAAACAUUUGUAUCGUGCCUGCUACUGUCAGUGUUACUUUGUUUUUCUUUUUUUUGUUACUGCUUUACUGUAAAUGCGCUUCAGCUCGACGUAUGAGGAGGAACCUAACCUUUAGCGUGUCACGUUCAUGGCCAAAUUAUGACAAGGAAGCUCACCAUGGUUACAGUAUUUAGACCGCUUUGUGAACAUUAAAGGUAGGUAGAGUAACGCUAUGGAAAUUACUUAACGACAAAUCUUAAAGAGAGACUACGUAACUUCUGCAUUAUUAUCAGAUGAUGCUACAUGCUAAGCUAACAUUACCUGGGCUAAGAUUUUUCAACUUAUAAUUACAAGAGGUAAUUUACCCAAUGAGAGCAGGGCGGCUCAAUAUUAGCCAAUCAGUUGCAGGGGGCGGGACUUAAACAUAAUGAAAUCUUAAAUUAAAGCUCCUGUCAGGAUUUUUUUGCCAAUCAUGAAACAGACCGAAAUUAAAUAUAAGACAUCUUUAUGAUCUACAAAAGCAAAUAAAAACAUCUGCAUAAGGUUUAAUAAUUUUAAAUAAAGUUAUUUUAAUGCUCAAAUCUGCUGUUGGGGGGGUAGGUGUCAGAUGAGGAGAUAACAGCCUGCUUAGGACACAGCCUUUCUUUAACAUGUUCCACAGCAAAUAAUAAUAAUACAUUUGAUUUAAAAGCGCCUUUUUUUAAAACAGAAUAAAUAAAAACAACACAAUAAAAUAAAUAAAAACAACAAACAAAAGUAACACCAAGUUAAAAUGAAGCAGUGGAAUUAAACUGAGAAGGCAGCUUAGAACAGAUGGGCUUUGAGUCUUGAUUUGAAGGGGGGUAGUUAAAGCCGGACACAUUUAACUGUUAACUCAAACCGAUAAAGUUCCAGUUUUGUCCACAGGGGGCGCCAAAAUCAAAGAAAUAGCAAGAGCCACCUCACAAGAGAUUUAAAUAGAAAUGUCAGCUUGUUGAAAACCUUGUUAAAUCUGCAGAGUCAACAAAGAGAGUAGAGGUAUUACUUUGUCCACAGGGGGCGCCAAAGUCUACACAAACAGGAAGUCCUCACAGGAGCAUUAAUUCCCCUCCUCUCUCUUAGCAUGACGAUGCAUCAGUGUUUAAAUAAUGAUAGAUUUAGCCUCGUGUGAUUGGUCUGGAAAAAGAAUCAUCUUCCUCUUCAUUAAAGGUUUAGAGAGAGAUUAUAAAGAUGAGAAGUGACAGCUCUUUAACACACAGGAAAGUCCCCGUGAUGUCAUAUUAACCUGAUAUUAGUCCAGCUAGCUGAAGCUAACAUUAGCCUGUGACAAAGUGAGACUGCAGCAGUGAGACCUCCUCGUGUCUAUAAAUAGAAACGGCUGCUCCUCACAGCUCGUAGAACUAAUUGGUACGAUGAAGAGUGUUUAUCCACUCACACACAGUUACAUAGUCUCCCUUUAAAAACAACUAAAAAUCUAGUAUUUUAAAAUUCACUCAACCAGAAUGUGUUUGACUGUCCGGAGAAACAGAUGGAUGGAUGGAUGAAGGAUGGAUGAAGGAUGGAUGGGUUGAUUGGGCCAAGUUGAAACGAGGGAUUUUGGCACGCAACGAGAGAACGAAGAGAAACUGUACAGCGAAGAGUUCAUCCUCAGAUACGUCGUGACAACCUGAAUAUACAGAAACAGGAAGUGAUGCCAGCUGGUUGCUUUUGUCCUCAGGUCUCUGUGACUACCUGGAGGAAAGUAUGUGGACACCUGAAUGCAACACGAAGCUGUGGUUUAAAGUGUAAAACAAAGAUGAGAUCACAUGUGAGUGCAGCUUUAAAGAAAACUGAAAGAGAAAGAAAGACAAAUCUUAUUGGACAGAUUGAAGAAAGACACCUCAAAAUUAUCUAGCACCCCCUAGUGGUGGCUUUUAUAGUGAUCCUUAAUUGAAAGUAAAGCAUUAAAACAACUCGGCACUGCUCAGCUGUCCACAUACUUUUAGAGGCAUUCUGUAAAUCAUAUCUAAAGCCACAGCUUAGGAUUGAUUUGAUGGAUUAUUACAGAUUAAAUGUUAAGAAUCUUGUAUUUGUUAAAAGGCAUCCAGCUGCAGAAUCCUCAAGAAGAUCCUGAGAAAAAGAAAUCUGCAUUCAGGUGCUCCAAAACCUCCUAAUGUUGAUCAAUACUCCUGCAGAUCCAUCUCUAAUACUCACAUGAAUAUAAAGUCCAAUCUUCUUGCAUGCACCUCAUGUAAGAGCCAGCUUGUCUGCUUGUUGCCUCCCUUUCUUUAAGCGACCUCUCUCUAAUGUGUAUCCUGUUUAUAUAUGCUCUCUGGAUCUGAAAGGAUAUACUGAACAUGUCCCCCCGCUGUGUACGUGGAAUUAAAAUCUUUAUAAAUCACAAACACUUUCAGUUAAAGAUCAGACACGUAGGAUUAAGGGUGUGCUUGCAACAUUAUCUGCAUGCUACUUUCUUUCUUUUCAGACAAGAGCACGGUCGUCUCAGUGUGCAGGACGAAGACGUGUGUGUGUGUGUUAAGCGUGUGUGAGUGUGAGGGUCUGGGAGUCGCUCCCUCUGAAGCAGAGAUUAAAGAGAGUGGGGGGGGUAAAGUCUGUGUGUCGUGGUGGUCCCUCUCUGUCCGGGGAGGUUUCUGCAGUAACAAAAACUCAUCACCUUUUUCUUUUCUGUUUUUCGUUUGGGUCGUUUCUGACGCUGUACAGUUGUGGAAAUGUGAUUGUUCUCGUUAUUGUGCAUUUUAUCAAUAACUGGUUUAUGAUGAUUCUUGUUGCUGUAUAUGUGUAUUUGAAAAUAAAUGCUAUGAAGUCA